GUCCCACGUCGGUUUGAGAAUGUCAAGUGUUUAGAUGAUGCUUUGAGUCUCUUUCGUCAAAUGGUCAGAACUCAGCCCCUUCCUUCUGUUUUUAGCUUCUCCAAAUUAUUAAAGACUAUGGUAAAUAUGAAGCGUUACUCUUCUGUUCUUUCCCUUUUUCGAGAAAUGCGGAAAUUAGGCAUCCCAAUUAAUGAUUUCAUCUUGAAUAUAGUGAUUAACAAUUAUUGCCUAAUGCAUUGUUCUGACUGCGGAUUUUCAGUGUUGGCCAUUUACUUGAAGAAGGGCAUUCCAUUUAAUGUUGUCGCCUUUAGCACCCUACUAAGGGGACUCUUUGCGGAAAGUAAGAUAAAAGAUGCAGUUAACUUGUUCAAAAAGUUGGUGAGAGAGAAUAUUUGUGAGCCUGAUGAAGUCAUGUAUUCAAUUGUCAUGAAUGGGCUUAGCAAAAUGGGCCAUACUCAAAAAACAUUCGAUUUGCUUAGGGUAAUGGAACAAGGAAGCACUAAGCCCAACACAUACAUCUACAACAUUGUUAUAGAUGCUCUUUGCAAGGAUAGAAUGCUAGAUGCUGCAAUUGGCCUUUUUGAAGAGAUGAAACAAAAAGGCAUUCCUCCCGAUGUUAUCACAUAUAAUUCAUUGAUUGAUGGUUGUUGUAAGCUUGGUCAGUGGGAAGAGGUUAGGACUUUGUUCUUCGAAAUGGUAAAUCUUAAUAUUUAUCCAGAUGUGCAAACCUUGACCAUAGUGACCGAUGGACUAUGCAAAGAAGGAAAAGUUGAAGAUGCCGAGGAGGUAGUGAGACACGUGAUUGGAAAAGGUGUAGAGCCAGAUGUGGUCACCUACAGUGUGAUAGUUGAUGGAUAUUGUUUACGUGGUCAAAUGGAUAGAGCAAGGAGAAUUUUUGAUUCCAUGAUUGAUAAGAGCAUUGAGCCUAACAUUUUUUGCUAUAACAUAUUAAUAAAUGGAUAUUGUAAGAAAAAGAAAUUGGAUGAGGCCAUGCAUUUGUUUCAUGAUAUUUCUCGAAAUGGAUUGAAACCUAGCAUUGUUACAUACAGUACUAUCUUGAAAGGUCUAUUUGAUGCUGGAAGAACCGACUUUGCCGAAAAAUUCUUUGCUGAAAUGCUAUCUACUGGGCUCAAACCUAAUUUAUGCACUAAUUGCAUUUUGCUCGACGGUUACUUUCACAAUGGGCUUGUUGAGAAAGCAAUGUUGCUAUUUCAUGAGUUGGAAAAAAAGAGAGAAGAUAUUGAUAUUGAACUUUACACUGUUAUUAUUGAUGGAUUGUGCAAAAAUGGUCAGUUCGACAAAGCUCAUGCUAUUUUUGAGAAGCUUUCUUUGAUUGGAUUGUUUCCCAAUGUGAUUACAUACACUACAAUAAUAAAUGGACUAUGUCUAAAAGGGUUGUUAGAUGAAGCUAAAGAUAUGCUAAGAAAAAUGGAGCACAAUGGUUGUUCGCCGAACAAUGCCUCUUACAAUAUUAUUGUGCAAGGAUUUCUCAAGUGUAGCAAAUUUACUGAAAUGGAAACCUUUUUGAAGGAAAUGAAUGAAAGGGGCUUCUCAUUGGAUGCAAGUACAGUAAAGUUACUAAUAGAUGUUAUGGCGAAGCAUCCUUCUUUGCUUGACAUUAUACCACAAUUUCACUUGGGAAAUAAGAAGUGAUCUAUUUCACUUGAUUUAUUUAGGUAUACUUUUCACUUAUGUGCAAGUUCCUUUUACCUCUGGAAAGAAAUUAAAUCAAUGGAAUUGCGGAAGUUGAAAUACUGACAGUUAGAACAUUGCUUAAGCUUUCCAAGCAAGCUUAUUGAGUAGGUAGAUCACUUCUUAUAAUUUGAUUGUUAUGCCAUUCUACUUUAUCUUGGAAAUCAUAUUUUCUGAAUAAGCGAUUCGGGUUUCCUCAUGUGUACACAUUACAAGUCCAAGAAUAGCAUUUUCAGUGGUAAAAUUCUUGAUUAAAAUUUCCAUAGCAGCUUUGAAACUAUAAAGAUAGUGGACUAACAAAAACGGAGGAAGCCGAAAAACUUAAGAUGGUUUUCUCUUACGUUUGAUAAAUUGUACACUUCAAAUUUUUUGAGAUUUUGGAAAUGAAGGAGAAGCCUUUCACAGGGAUGCUUAUAUAAAGUUUUUAUCUUUCUGCCUCUUUACUCUUGAUAUUUAUUCUUCUGCCUGUUUCAGAAGAAUAUUGGUUCUGAAUAUAAAACAAUCAGGAUUGCUGGACCCAUUACAAAUUUUAUCCUCUCCAUUACUGAUCUUGACGACUGCCCCAUGUAUGGUAUCUCAUACGAAUUGCCUUCUUCAUUUUGCACAUGUUUGUAGUUGAGGCAUUUGACUCUUCAAAGAUGUUUCGUACAUCCUCCACCUGUCUUCAAGGGAUUUGAUAGUUUAAUCAGCCUAGAGCUAAGUCACAAUUUCCUCCGAAUUUCUUAGAGGUUCAGUCUCCCAUUGCCCGUUGCUUGAGCAUUUGGUGGUGGAACAACCAUUUAAUUCAAACCACAUUGAAAAAUUGAUGCUCCCAGGCUGACGUCAUUUGUUUUCUCAGACAAUGUACAUAUACUUCAUCUAAAAAUGUUCCUCUUCUUGCAAAAGUUUCUAUUCACUUCACACCAUCUCUGCAAAUCUGAGCCUAAGAUUUGAACUUCAAAUCCUUAGGAACUCAAAAUCCUCUCUUAGAUCUGAGAUCCAGCCCCGAAAAUCCAAAAACAAACAGAAAAUACUAUAGAAAAAACCAAAAAAAAUACUGUUAUAUUGCAUUUCUGGAUUGAUUUCGAGUGUUAGUUGUUGAUUUUCAUCUCUUAGCUCAAUUUUUAAUUGCUGGAAGUUUCAGAAGUUCUUCCUGGGUUUAAUUUUUGUCGAUUUAGGAUUUAUCCGAGUCUAUUUGGUUGACGUUGGUGCUGUGUUUUCACAUUUCGAUUCUGGAUUACUUUUGAUAUUGGUUGCUGGGUUGUGAGCUUAGAUCUGAACUGCUGCUUUGUCAUUUGCUGCUGCUGAUUCUUAUUCUUCUUCUCCUUGUGACUUAAUUCCAGAGUAAUACCAGCAGUUACAAGAAUUUCUUGCAAUAACUAGCACAACAUGAAGAACUUUGCUUGUCUGAAUCUAACAUUCUUCUCAAGUUGUAGAAAUUGAAGGAGAAGUCUUCUUCUGCCUUCUUUACUCUUGAUCCAAAUUGAGGCAAGUUCUUUUGUACCAGUGAUCAUUCAACUAUUUCCUCAGACUUGGAAGGUGAAAUUUUCAACUUCUUCUGAGAUCAAGCAAAGGUGAAAAGCUUAAGAUGUUCUGUUUCUUUGAUAAAAAAUACACUCGAAAUCCUUUUGAGAUUUUGGUGUCAUUACCUUUGCUUUUUCUGCUUAUUCAUCUAAGCAUCCUUCAUUUAGAAGAAUUUUUUUUUCUGUUGUAGAACAUUGCUUCAAACAACAAGCACUUCAAUAUUUGGUGGACACUAGUACUGCUUUAUCAAUUGUUACACCUUGUUUUGUUUCAUACUCUCUGUAGUGUCUUUUUUGUGUCUAAAAAGGUUUUACUAAUACUCUUGUGUCUUCCAAGUAAACGAGUUUUAAGUACAUUGGGAAAAAUGAGAUUUCCGCUUGCUUCUUUACAGCUUAACCCAAAAGGUUGCAUUUUGCCUAGUUCUUUUCAGUAAAAAAGUAAAUUUUAUCCCACGUAGAGUAUGAAGUACCUUCUUCAACUCUAUUUAUUACUAGUAAUUUAUUUUUGGCAGUUCAUCUGCAACUUUAUCCUCUAUGCUAUUUAAUUCUGCUUCUUUUUUGAAUGUCUAAAUUAGAUUGCUUACAGAAGUUUCUAACUAUAGUCCAAGAGGAAGCUGCAGAUGUACGCAAAAAGAACCUUAGUGUGCCUGUGUUACCAUAGUAAAAGGAAGAGCUCAUAUCAUGAUCUUCAUUUCGAGGCGACAGUGACAGUGGCUGGAGAGUUGCUUAAAAGUCCUGGAGCAUAUAAGGCUGCAGAGGAAGCAGAAGACGCUGUUGCACACCUAGCACUAGUGACACUUGUAACAGUUGCCUUUCAAAAGGCACUUUUGUACAUCCUAUUAUUGAGCAGAUUUAACUUUUCAGGUUUGCAGCCAAACGACUUGAAAUUGUGGUUGUUUCAUCAUCCGUCUCAUCAUCUGACAAUUCCCUUUCUGAUUCACUGAGAAUCCUUCUGAAACCUUUGCCAUUUUUUCUGCAAAGUCGGCUGGUCCUUCUUGAAACCAGUGUGACAUAUGAAAUCAAUACAUAGCAGAAGAUAGUGAAUAAUCUUUCAAGGUUAGCGAUGAAAAUUAUGAAAAACUUCUCAGAAUAGUGAACUUUGAAUUUGGAGUGUGCCUUCUUUUGUUCUUCCCAAACUAAUCUCAUAUAGCAGUGUGGCAAAACUUUUUAUGGGUCACUGUAAUUUCUCAUGUAAGCAGUACUUGCAACGUGCAGUAGACGGACUCAUACUACAUGUCUUGUAGAAAAUUUAAAGAAUAUUAUGUAUAUAUUUGUAUUGAGAAGUG